AUGUCUAAGCCAAUCAAGACCACUUCGUCGAAAAUUGAUGCUGCUCCAACCCCCCACAACACUCCUUCCAGCGUGCUGACGGGCUCUUACCUGAAAAAUGGGAAUCCCGCACGUUCAGUCCCGCAAACAAUCAAGGAGGAGGACAUUACAUCCGCUUUGGCAAAUAACCCACAAUUGCUUGCUUCUAUUCAAGACAAACUGGGUGACCUGGUGGGUCAGGAUAGUGGUUAUGUGGCAUCUUUGCCACACGCGGUUAGAGACCGGAUUUAUGCAUUGAAAAAAUUACAACGCGAUAUUUUCGACCUAGAGAAGGACUUUCAACUUGAAAUGUUUGAGCUGGAAGAAAAAUACUUGCAGAAAUACAGGCCGGUUCACAAGCGUCGUUACGAAAUUAUUUCUGGACAACAAGAACCUUCUGUUAGAGAAAUUGAGAUCGGAAAACAGCAAGGAGAUGAGCUCGACACCGUUGCUGAAGAAGCCGAGGAAGACGAAGAGGAAGACGAGGAAGACCAGAUCAAGGGUAUCCCAUCUUUCUGGCUGACAGCGUUUGAAAACUUGCCAAUGGUGUCGCAAACGGUUACCCGUGCCGAUGCAGAGGUGUUAGAGUGUUUGACAGAUGUCAGACUCGAAUAUCUAUCUGAGGGAAAGCCCGGUUUUAGAUUGGUGUUCCAGUUUGACGAGGAAAACCCUUACUUCAGUAACACAGAGCUUGUCAAGACAUAUUUCUACCAGUCGGAACUGGGCUACUCAGGGGACUUCAUUUACGAUCACGCAGAGGGUUGCGAGAUCAAAUGGACCGACAACGAGUCCAACGUAACUGUAUCUGUUGAAAAACGCAAGCAGCGCAACAAGACAACCAAACAGGUGCGUACCAUCGAAAAAAUUACGCCUGUCGAAUCAUUUUUCAACUUUUUCGAUCCACCCAAGGUCCCUGCUAAGAAGACCAACGUAUCUGUGCCAGCAAACGCUAACCCUGAUGAAGAUGAAGAGGCGAACAACAGCGAAGAUGAGGAAGAAGAAGACUCCGAAGAAGUCGCAGAACUGGAGUCGCGUCUGGCCUUGGACUACGCCAUUGGCGAAGAGUUCAAAGAUAAGCUUGUUCCUCGUGCUGUGGAUUGGUUCACGGGCGCUGCGAUCGAGUUUGAGUAUGAUGCCGGCGAAGAAGAUGACGAGGACGCGGAGUUCGACUCCGAAUUUGACGAGGAAGAGGACGACGACGACGAUGAGGAUGACGACGAUGAAGACGAUGACGAUGACGAUGAUGGAAACGCCGGUGAAUCCGAAGAAGACAGCGAUCCCAGCGACUUCAAACCUGUUGGAACAAAUUCCAAAGAGCAGCCUCCAGAAUGUAAGCAAGCCUAA